UUUCUAACCUCAGGAGUGGGAUGUAAGCCAUUUGUGUUGUAUGUUGUAAGGGCCCUGUCAUGAAUACUGGAAGUAUAUCACAAUUCCCUGGCACAGAACACGGGACGUUCAAUCUACUUUUCUGGCUCAGCUUGAAUGGCUACUGAAGUGGCUGGAACGUCUGGGAACAGCAAAAAUUUGGGUGGGCUUGGCGUGAGUUGCAUUCGAGUUUGACGGAGGAGAAGAAAUCGCGAAGUAUCUCUAUCAUGGCUUCUUCUUCCUUAGAUUUUCCCACUUUCUUUAUCAUUGGAGCGACGGUCUUUGCAAUCUUCAUCUUUAAGAAAUUCCUCACAAAGCAUAGCAAUCUGCCGCCUGGACCGAUCGCGCUACCAGUUAUUGGGUCGAUGCACCUGCUCGGCACCUCGCCUCAUCACAAUUUGCAAAAAUUAUCUACGAAGUAUGGUCCCCUCAUGUCGAUUCGCCUCGGGCAAGCCCAAUGCGUUGUUGCGUCGUCAACUGAAACAGCCAUGGAGUUUCUCAAGAAUCAGGACUCUAAUUUUACCUCGCGGCCUGCGCUGCGAGUUGGUGAAGCGGUUUUCUAUGGCCAAGAUUUAGUAUUUCAGAACUCCACACCCUUGUGGCGCCAUCUUAAGAAGAUUUUCCAGGUAGAAUUCACGAGUACGAAGCGGCUUGACACGACUCGCCAUGUGCGGGAGGAAGAGAUUGCGCACCUCACCAGCACGCUACCACAUAACUGCGAAGUGAACCUUCGCAUCCACCUUAAAAGCAUGAUCGGAAACAUCAUCUCACGCAUGGCUGUGGGCCAACGUCUCUGUGCAAAGCCAGAGGAGUGUGAGAGCGAAGAACAGCUCCGUGAAGUCGCGAGCCUGAGAGAAGUUAUGGACAAUGUUGCAUUUUGCAUUGGCGCGGUCAACCUUGCAGAUUACAUCCCUGCGCUCAAGUGGUUAGACCUCCAGGGACUAGAGCGACGGUUUAAAAAAACCUUCCAGAUCAUGAAUUCGGUGUCGGGAGAAAUAAUCGCCAAGCAUCAGGAGCGGCGCAAGCUGAGCAAUCCAACGGACAAGCAGAAGGACCUGAUCGAUGUGCUUCUGGACGACAUGGAGAAGCCCCAAGACGGCAGUCCUCGCGUUACCAUGGACAGCAUCAAAGCAGUCACAUGGAAUGCUUUUGCUGGAGCCACAGACGCCAUUGCCAUGUCGUUGGAGUGGGCGAUGUCGGAGAUUCUUCUCCACCCCCACGUCCAAGCCAAAGCUCACGCGGAGCUAGAUGUUGUGGUGGGAAAGAAUCGUCGCGUGGAGGAAUCCGACAUUCAGAACCUCUCCUACAUAGGAGCCAUCAUCAAAGAGACUCUGCGUCUCCACCCCGUCGCCCCCAUGCUUGCACCUCAUGCAGCUCUUAAUCCAUGCAAGGCUUUCGGGUUCGACAUCCCCGGGGGCACUUGGGUCAUCAUCAACGCCUGGGCGAUCGCACGCGACCCUGCCGUCUGGAAAGACCCGACAGAAUUCAACCCAGACAGGUUUAUGCAGGACGAUCCCAAUGCCCUUAAUCCGCGAGUGUUUGAAAUGCUUCCGUUCGGAGCCGGUAAACGCAUGUGUCCAGGCGUGGCGAUGGCUAAUGUGACAAUGCAACGUGCGAUUGCGAAACUCCUUCACGAAUUCGAGUGGGGUCUGACAAGUGAAUUGGAUAUGUCGGAGGGAACGAUGUCGAUUGUUGUGCCUCGAGCUGUGCCACUGCAUGCAGUCGCUAAACCCCGAUUGUCCUCUGAAUUCUACACCUGAUCGAGACAGAUCGAGGGUCCUAUGCACCAUCUGAUCAAGCGGCGGAGUAAUGGCUUAGUUUUCUUCGGACUGUGCAGCUACCGUCAACUUUUCCAGCAAACUAGGCUGCCAAGCUCGCGGCGGAUUGAACGGUUGUGUUAGAUGGUCAUCGCUACAAUCUGCCAAGAAUCUUGGAUCCUCAACUGGGCACGCCGAGCAUGUAGCUCACAAGAGGAAAGAGAGAUCCUUGAAGCUGCAGGUCGUGAUUGUGAGUUUGUCCAUGGAAGAUUCAAGGGGACUUCACGUUGGAUCUCCCUGUGUCUUUUCUUUCUUUCAGAUCCUUUCUUCCAACUCGAUCGUUUGUUGAUGUUGGUUUGGCGGUGCCAUUGCUUCCAGCUGAACAGCAGAGGAAACUUGCAUCCGGAACCAUGUAGUUCAGAAGAUGGGAACGAUGCCGAUAGAAUCGUUUAGAGUCUUGUGUAGUUGUUUGGUUCGAAAGGCGCCAUAAAUAUCCAGAAGUGCAUCAUUUGAGCCAAGAUUUGCUGGCGCAUCUCCGCAAUUGCUACCUUCAUGCCGAGGACAUUGUUGCCAACAUGUGUGGGUUGUAUGACUUGUGUGAAAAUAUCCUCUUGGUUUGUUGUAA